UCAAUAAUAAAAAGCUGAUAGUUAUUCACUGGGAAUUGGGAUAUUGUGAAUUUAUCAUUGUUGUUGAUAUUUUCGUCGCCGAGUGUCGUUUACUGUUUAGUAUAGCUAUUUAUUAACACACGCUCACUAAGCCACUUAGGUAGUUAUUAUUUUGGCUCUAAACUCGUAUUUUGUUUAUAGUGACAAAUUAACUUAUUUGAAUAACGUUAACGUACCUAUUUAAAAUAUUGUAUUUCAAAGAUAUUGUCUUGUUUGUUCUUUUUCUGUUAAUAACUCAAAUCACCAAUUCAUUGUUGUGUUUUUGUACUAAAAAAUUUAAUUCUCUUCAAGUUGAUUAACAAUCAAUAAACAUUUUCAAAUUUUUGGACAAUUUUUAAAAUGAGACAUGUAUACCCACAUUCCAUGGCAAAUAAUUCAGCAAGCAGAAGUCAAAAUAUGAGUUCACAGCCAGUUGAACCAGAGUCUGAUGUUACUGAAACUAAUGAUAGUGACACUGCUGAUUCAUAUCAAGUUGUUUCAAGUACUACUGAUGAUCUCUUGACAAAAGAAGGUAAAGAACCAUUAAAUUCUUCUGAAGUAUCUAUUUCAUCUACUGAUGAUAGCAAUGUUAAUAUAUCAAAUGAUGCGAAGGCAGUUGAACGUAAAUCCAGAUCCAGAUCUCAGUCUUCUAAUGACUCCUCAGAUUCUCAGUCUGAUUCUUCUUUACAUUUAGCUUCUCAGUCCGUUAUUAGCAAUAGUUCUAAAUCAAAGUCUGAAUCUCGGCCAAGAGAUAUGUUGCGAAGUCGAUCAAGAUCAAACACAAAGUCAAAAUCUCGAUCAAGAUCUAAAUCUAGAUCAUCUUCAGUAUCGUCAGUUGGCUCUCAUUCAUCCUUUAAAAAAAAUAAAAUAAAACGUAAAAUUAUAUCUGAUUCUGAAGACGAUGAUGAUCUUCAAGUUAAAACUGAAGUCGAUUCUGAUGAUGGCCAAGCUCAAGAACCAGAGGAUAACAUAGUUCAGAAAAAAAAAUUUAAAAAGGUUAAAAUUAUGUCAGAUUCUGAAUCCGAAUCUGAAGAAGAUGAUGUCAAAAAUAUACUCCCUACAAGUCCAGUUGUACGUAAGGAGCAUGCUAUAUCUGAUGAUGAAAAUACAGAGAAGGUGAAUAUAGGUGAAGUGUUGCCAGAAUUAUCAGAUGAUUCUGAUAAAGAAGAUGAAGAUGAUCCAGGUGAAGUAAUUGGUACAAGUUCUAAAAAAAGUAGUGCUAAUAAUGAAAAUGAAGAUGACCUCGAUGAUCCUGAUGAACGCGAUAAUCAUAAUAGUGAUAAUAAUCCAAUAUCAGAUUUUGAACUUAUGAUGAUGCGAAAAAAAGAAGAACAAUCACUGAAACGUCGCAGGAAGGAUAUAGAUAUUAUAAAUGACAACGAUGAUAUUAUUGCUGGAUUAAUUGCUGAUAUGAAACAUGCUGCUGAAUGUGAUCGACAAUUAAACAAAGAAGGAAAACCCGCAAUUAACAAAAUAACUAUGCUGCCAAAAUGUUUAUCACAAUUAAAGAAACAUAAUUUGAUGUUAGCUUUUAUUGAACACAAUGUAUUAAAUGUUUUCACUGAUUGGUUAGCACCUAUGCCAGAUAGAAGUUUGCCUUCAUUGCAAGUUCGCGAGUCGUUGAUAAAACUUUUAGCAGAUUAUCCUCCAAUUGAACAAUCUACUCUCAAGUACUCUGGAAUUGGUAAAGCUGUUAUGUAUUUGUACAGACACCCCAAAGAAACUAAAGAAAAUCGAGAACGUGCUGGCCGUCUUAUAAAUGAAUGGGCUCGUCCAAUUUUCAAUUUGUCAACAGACUUUAAAGCAAUGUCCAAAGAAGAAAGAGAAGAACGAGAUCUGGAACAAAUGCCUAGACGGAAGCGUUCAAGUAUAGAUGAUAACAAACAUGAUGAUGAUGAUGAUGAUGAUGAUGACGGUCCAAGAACAUUAAAACCAGGCGACAAAGGUUGGAUAGCCAGAGCGCGUGUACCUACUCCAUCUAAUAAGGAUUAUGUGGUUAGACCAAAAUCAGUAACAGAUGCUGAUAUUUCAAGGGCUGUAAAGCGACCAAUGAACCGUUUUGAAAAGCACUUGAAGAAUUAUAUGGAUAGUAAGAGAAAUAAUCAAUCCAAGCGUGCAGUUCCGAUUUCAAUAGAAGGAAGAAAAAUGGGGUUGUAAUUAUAUUUUUAUACUAUACUUAUUUUUAGGUCAUUGUAAAAACUAUAUUUGAUUAUUAGUAUAUUUUCAUUUUUCAUUGAUUAUUAGUACUUAAUUCAAUAAGUUUAUUAACUAUAAAACAAAUAUUACUUUUAAGUACUUAACUUAGUCAACAUUUGUAUUAGUUUAUUUUUAAUUAUCUCAUAAAAUUAAUUACUUCUAAUAUUUUAUUGAUUUAAGUUUCUACUAUAAUAUUUGUAAUAAUGAGUAUUGCAUUAGAUCAUCGUUUCUUAAACUGUGUUCCGCAGAGCUUAAGUAAUUUUUUUAAAAAUUCCAAGAAAAUUACUUGAAAAUAUCUAAAGAUUAGUAGCGGCUAGUAAGGAAAAAAAAACGUUUGAACAACUUUCAUCAAUUAAGCCCAAUAUUAAAAAUAUUUGUAUUAAUAAAAAGCAAUUUAUAUUAUUUCAUU